CGCGCGCCACACACUCGGCGUAUACGUAACGCGUCCCAAGACACGGCGGACUCCGCAUCGAACUGAGACCUCCGUCCGAGAAACGCCGCCGUGCUCCGAUCACUUGGCGUUUUGGUCCGGCCGCUCUUCGAUUUUUCCGCGCGAGCCUCGAAGAGAAAAUCGGAAAAGUCGGUGGCAAAGUGCCUCUCACGAGUGAACCAUUGUGAACUGUUCUUCGUGGGCACUAGAAUUUAAAAUUUAACGGCUUUUCGUGUGAAUGAAGGGAAGGUAAAAAUAAAACAUUUUAAUUCAAUAAUAGAUUGCAAAAGCGGAAUAUUAAACUUUAAAAAAGGCAACAGUGAAAAAUAAAUAUUGGCAUUUUAAACGGACGUGUAAAAGUUUCCAAACUAAACAAACUAACGAUCAGAAACAAGGAGGACAAUAAGAAAACUGCAAGUGUGGCGAAAAUUGAUUCGAACAUAAAUAAAGGGCAGCCAAGCGUGGCCAGACAAGGACAACAAAAGCAAGAAGCCGAAGGAUUUGCGAUUGGCCGAAAAGGGAAAAUCAAUAAUAGCCACAUGUAAGAGGACACCGGGCAUAAGCAAUAUGGUGGCCACUCGGAAAGGCAUGGGGCAGACGACUCCUAGCCUCCAGUUGUUGCGGAAUAAGUAACGAAUUCAAGGGACUACCAUGUCGGACCGGUAUCCAGCCAGCUUCUACGAUCAGCAGCAGCAGCAGCAGCAGCAUCACCAGCUAGCCCACCAUCCACAUCACACGACCACCAUGUCGCACUAUCCGCCGCAGCCCUACAGAUCGGGUUACACCGGCUACCAUCCCUAUGGCUAUGGCUACGGGUCUUCUAGUGCUUCUUACAUGCCCAACUACUACCGCUAUGCGCCGUACGCCUCGCCGCACUACAGCCAGCACCACCAGGGGAUGUUCACGCCGGCUGGGCAGCAGCUAAUCCCCUCCAGCGUGCUGCACUAUCCGCCCAGGUCGCAUCCCUACCAGCAGCACCAGCAGCAAUCUCAGCCUGGCUACGAGCCACCUCCUCCCUUGCCAUACAGUUCUUCCGCCUCCUACCAGUCCCGUGGCUUCGGUGGCUACACGGGUCCCACGCCCCACUAUGCCCCGCCGGGCAGAUCCUCCACGCCGGCUCCAAAUCGCACAGUGCUGCCGCCCAGCUAUUUGGAACCACUUCGCAGCUACAGCGCCGAGCAGCAAUUGCUGAGCCAGCAGCAACAUCUCGCCCAGCAGCAAUUGCAGCAUCGCCCGCUGGUGGCCACACCAAAGCUCGAGGACCCGGACAUCGAAGUGGAGGCGGUGGCGGAGUCCCCCGCCCAGCGGUUGACCACAUCGCCGCCCAUGAUCAGCGCCACCGGAACGGACAGCGGCAUCAGCAAUUGCAGCACUCGGGCGCGAAGUGACAGUAGUCAGAGCACGCCCAUUUACAGUGGCGAGUAUCCGGUUAACAUGUCCGUGGAGUCCGCCUCCUGUGUGCCAUAUCACUGUCCGGCGGACGGCAGGGACUACGAGGAGGAGGAGCUCCAGCCACCGGCGAUGGCGGAGACCAGGAGGGCGGACACUCCGCUCGAUAUGCCCGAUGACAUAAGCGCCACGUCGCCACCAGUGGCCAGUGAUAAGGUGAAACCUGCGCCGCCCACUCCGCCCGAAGUUGCCAAGCGUGCGGAAAUCAAUUUGCAGCAGGAGACAGGAGUAAGGGCAGGAGCACCCUCCGAUGCGCCGACGACGCCGCAGGAUGCCAACGGUGAUCCAAUAAUCGAGCCGACCGACGAGAAGACAGGACAUGCGCAAAAUCCUGUGACGACCAACUGGAGUCCAACGCCACGACGCCCGCGCACUCCGCCGGCGCCCCAGAACUCGCCCAUUGGUUUUGGCCAGAAUGCGACCGUGCCACCCGCCUUGGCCCCUCUGCUGCAACAGCAACAGCAGCAGCAGCUGCAGCUGCAACAGCAGGCCAGCAACCUCAAGCGGUGUGCAACAUCUGGCAGGAAUCGCAGCAGCAGCAGCAUCUGCGUCAGCAGCAACAACCGCAUCAUCGAGUGCGAUCUCAUUCCGAGCAAGAAAUCAAAACGGAAGGCGGCCAAAAAGGAAGCUGGCGAGUGCGAGAACAUGGAGCCCGUUGUUAGGGAACAAAUUAGGGACAUCAAGCCUUUGCCGGGUUUCCUGCAGGCAUUCGGAUCCACUGAAAUCGGGCGUUUCUCCGAGAGAUUUCUGCAGACCCCCGAAUCGCUGAUGGAGCGAUUGACAGAAGAAUACUUAGUCAGUUCGCCCAGCAACUUCCCAUCUCAUCCAGCUGGAAGCUACAUAGAGCCCCCGGCUACGCCCACACAAAACUACUUUCCCUACGAGGAGCAGAACCAAGGCGGCUAUCCCAGGAAUCGAAUGCGAGGCUAUGGCUACGAGAUGCCGGACUACAUGGCGUAUGAGCGAUAUGCGGCCUACGGAGCCGGGAGACCAAGAGCUCGGUACGGGGAAAUCCGCUGCAACGGCUACUAGAUACGGUCGACCGAUGUUGAGCGGAUCAUAUAUAGCUUAGGGGUUAGUGUUGUUGUAGUCGUGCAUAGUCGUUGUCAUUCGAUAUUCUCUGUGUGUGCCUUUUUCGGUCAAAAUUGGACAAUGAAUUCCCCCGAAAAGUUGUUGUUGUCGGGGGCAUUGUUGGCAAUAAGUGCGUUCAAAAUUUACCACAAGAAAAAAACAAAAGAAACAAGAAGCCAAAAUAUUGUUAGAAAACCAUCUACAUGUAAAUGAAUAAUCAAUUAAGUAGUUCAAUGUAUUUUAAAUCGAAAGCGUUUUAAAUCGAUUCAGAAUGUAAGUUGAAAUCUUGUCCCACUGUACAUAAAAAUGCAUUUCGUAUAUGUAACUCUAGAUAUAGUCAAGCUACUUGGGCAGUUGGUAAAGGGAUCUAAAAGUUGUCGAGGCCUCCAGGAGUUAGGAGACAUUUUUUCUCAACUUCUACGUAAAUGUAAUGAACACUCAAAAUUGUUUACAGCACCGUUUCCGAUUGGAAACAUUUUACGGGGCACAAAAUUCCGAAAUCACCCCCAAAAAAAUAAAAAAAAAAAAGGAUCAAAAAUCUUACAUUUAGCAAAAAGAUGUGCCAUUGAAAAAUAUCUUUAAUUAAAAACACCAUAAUUUAGGAAUUACGUUUAUGUACAAUACAAAUACAAAUUAAAGAUUAGCUACGGUAAUCUAAAGCCGGAUAGUUAAUGUUAAAGCAAUGCAGUACAUUUUAGACUAGGACACUGACACACACAUAUACACAGAUACAAUUACACCCAUACAGAGACACACUCAAACCACCGCACUAAUUUGUACUUGGCAAAAUUGAUUUAUUUUCUAUCGAUUUACUAACAACUUAUUCAUUUUCGAAUCGAUUUCUUUGUUGCAUUGAGUGCCUUAAUUUAAUUGAAUUUAUUUCCAAUAUAUGUGCGUGAACAAAUAAACGUAACGAAUUUGUAUGAUUUACUUGUAGAGAAACAACCAAGUUCAGGUUUCAAAGGGGCCCAACAAAAUUUCAAAU